AUGGCCUUAUCAGCUCCAAACUUCGUGAAGAAACAAUGGAAGCUGGGGAAAUUUAAAACGCUCGACGUGUACACUCAAUCAGCAUCGCUAGAACAAAUUCUAAAGCAAAUUCGCAAGCAUAGAUCAACAGGAGCAUUAUAUCACGAAGAAGCCGUCAACAGGCAACCAUUCUUAAUGCGAAAUUUAGGCUCUGGGAUUCAAUCAUGGCCGAAAUUCGAAGAGCAGCACAAGAGAUUUAUCGAAAAGCAACGAAAUGCUCAUUAUCAAUUUACAGAAGUUGUUACUGAAGACGAGGAAGAUCUUAUAAUUCGUCAGCUGAAAGAAGAUGUCGCUCGCACUGCAGCUUCUCACCAAGACUCCGCUUUGAUAGUAGACGAAGAAGAUAGAGUAAUUCACAAUAUGCAUAGGUACGUUUCUCAAGAAAUUGCCGAUGCGAAACAAGCACAAGCCACCGAGGAAGCUACGAGUCGAAAUUCCAAAGACACGGGCUACGGUUCGCGAGCUGCCAGUUCUUCAUCUUCAUGUAAGGAAUCGGAUUACACAUCAGAAUCUUCUGACGAUGACGAUGAGAAUUCAACCCCAUUUGUCCCAGAUCUUUCCACCAAUGCGAUAAAAGGUUUUUUUCGGACGUUAAGCGCCCAGCCGUUAAGAUGUUUUUACACAAUAUGGUGCUCGCGUUCCAUAAUGAAAAAAAAUCGAGUUGUUAGUAAACUAAUCCCUGAAUUGGAAAAAUUGUCGGAGUCAAAAGCUGUGCUUUCAAUGAUCAACAAGGCGCCGAAAGGUGGAAUCUCGGGACGAAUCGAAAGCCUCGAUGAAUUGAAUCCCAAAGCAAAGCACACUUUAUCGCUGUGGAACAUUGUGACGACAAUGUACAAUCCUGACUCGGCUGAAGAAUCAGGAGUUGAAGAUGGGCCUCUCGAUAAAUGGAACGAACAAUUUCCAGCAAAAAACAAGCUGACGCCCGUGUCCCACAUAAAGCAGCGCAAUCGAACGCCAACUUCAUCUGAGCGAAGAAGCACACCUAGAACGCCCGUCUCUUCAGCCGCCAAGCGUCCAAAGACAACUCCAGUUUCAGCAAAAAACAAGCUGACGCCCGUGUCCCACAUAAAGCAGCGCAAUCGAACGCCAACUUCAUCUGAGCGAAGAAGCACACCUAGAACGCCCGUCUCUUCAGCCGCCAAGCGUCCAAAGACAACCCAGUUUCAGCAAAAAAAGCUGACGCCCGUGUCCCACAUAAAGCAGCGCAAUCGAACGCCAACUUCAUCUGAGCGAAGAAGCACACCUAGAACGCCCGUCUCUUCAGGCGCCAAGCGUCCCAAUACGACUCCAGUUUCACCUGAGCGAAGAAACACACCUAGAACGCCUGUCUCUUCAGCCGCCAAGCGUCCCAAUACGACUCCAGUUUCAUCUGAGCGAAAGCGUCUAUGCCGUACUCCACUAUCAAUAAAA